AUGGCUGCUCCUGCUGCCAGUCGCCAAUACGACAUAAUCCUCCUGGGAGCCACCGGCUACACUGGCAAACUCACCGCUGAGUACAUCACCACCAACCUCCCCACCAACAUCAAAUGGGCCGUGGCUGGACGCAAUGAAUCCAAACUCCAAUCCUUGGUCAGUGAGCUGAAGUCGCUGAACUCAACGCGCGGCUCUCCCGACAUCAUCACUGUCGCCAGUCUGACUACCCCUGAAUUGACGCCUGUGGUCAAGAAGACCAAAGUGCUUCUCAACACCGUGGGCCCUUAUCAUCUGUACUCGACUCCUGUGGUUGAAGCAUGUGCCCAACAAGGAACGCACUACCUUGACGUAACUGGCGAAACACCAUGGGUUCGCGAUAUCAUUGUCAAGUACGAAGACACCGCCAAGAAAACUGGAGCCAUCAUGAUCCCUGAGGUGGGCGUUGAGUCCGCGCCCUCGGACCUGAUCGCCUACAUAGCUACCCGUUUGAUCCGCAAAGUCUGGGAUUGCGGCGUCAUGGACAUGGUCGCCGCGGUGCACGAGUUGAAAUCCUCGGGGCCCAGUGGCGGCACCCUGGCCACGGGGUUGGGACUGGCUGACCACUACCCGGCCAAGGUGAUGAAGCAGUGCCUCAACGAUCCCUUUGUGCUGUCCCCUACGCAUCUGCGACCGUUCACCAAGGACACCAUCUACCCCCGCAACCCCGAGCCAAACACGUACCAUCGUACGGGUCUCCAGAAACUCACGGGUGUCUGGAAGUAUCCCCGUCUGGGCCACUUGACAACUUCCAUCACCGCCAAGCCCAAUGAGGCCAUCGUCCACCGGUCUGCCGGGCUGACGCCUUACUUCUACGGCUUCAACUUCUCGUACGAGGAGUACAUGGCUGUGGCAAGCCCGGUGGCCGGCGUGUUGAUUCACAUCGCCAUCACCAUCUUGGCCUUGUUGCUCGCAUUCCCCCCCACGCGGGCUGUCUUGAAACUGUUCGCAACCUACAAACCCGGCUCUGGCCCGACAAAAGAAUCCACCAAAGGCGAUGUCCUGGAACUCCGCGCCGUCGCCGUCGCCGAACAGCUCGCCAAGAACCCCCGCAAAGCCAUGGCUCAUUUCCGAUACGAGGGCGGAAUGUAUGUUCUCACGGCCUUGUUGAUGAGCGAAGCUGCCAUGGUGAUUUUGACAAAGGAAGAAGAAAUCAAGAAGAGUCACGGUUCAGGGUUCCUAACCCCGAGUUGCUUGGGCGAUGACUAUCUAGAGCGACUGGAGAAAGCGGGUGUCAAGGUCGGAGUGCAGCAGAUUGGGGAUGUGGGCAGCAAGUAA